AUGACUGAUGAGAGUGUAGCUGCUUUCAUUUGGCUGUUUGAGACAUGGCUUGGAUUGAUGAGUGGGUGUAGGCCAAUUUCUUUCAUCACUCCUUACAAUGAAUCCAUUACUUCAACUGCAGCUAAGAAUUUGAUUCAUGUUGGAGAUCAUUGUUUUAGUAGAUAUAAUUUGGAGGAUAAUAUGUGGUUACAAGAAUUUUAUGCAAUUCAGGAGAAAUGUGUUCCAUUGUUCUAUAGAGGCAUGUUCUUUGGAGACUUUUUUGGUGCUCCAAAGGUGGAAACCAUGUACAAAAUUUUCCAGAGGCAUUCAAUGGCAACCACCACUUUACGCGAUCUAGUUACUCAAUUUGAUAAAACAAUGGCAGGACAAUUUGAGAAGGAACUACAGGCAGACUUUGAACAAGUCACACCAAGCCUGAGGAACUCAGAGUCAUCUGGAUUUUUGAUGGAGAAGGCCACAGAUGGUAUUAAUAAGUAUCAUGUUGCAAAAGUUGAGGAUGCAAGUAUGUAUGGUGACACAGUGUUCCAGCAACUGCAUUAA